UUAAUUCUGAAAAGAUCAGGAAAUGGAAACUUAAAGAAAUCUCAACCCCCGGAGGGAGGGGCCUAGGCGGUCCCAGCAGCGGCCCCACACGGCUCCCGGCUCUGCCUCAGGACGCAUCCACCUCGUCACCUGGGACCCCCCGCUCCCCAAACCGGAGAUGUUCAAGGAGGAGCACGAGGUGAUCAACAUGGGGGCUCCCCAGCACCCCGGGACCGUGAUGUCCACCGUGGUCAACGUCCACAGCGACACGGUGGUGCCCGACCACAUCGUGUGGUCCCUGUUCAACACCCUCUUCUUCAACCCCUGCUGCCUCGGCUUCGUGGCCUUCGCCUUCUCCGUGAAGUCUAGGGACCGGAAGAUGGUGGGGGACGUGAUGGGGGCCCAGAGCUAUGCGUCCACCGCCAAGUGCCUCAACAUCUGGGCCGUGGUCCUGGGCCUCCUGAUGACCGUUGGACUCAUCGUUAUGCUGGUCAUCCUGCUCCCGGGAGCCAUCCGUGCAGCGAAGGCAAACUACGGAGGCGGCUUCUAGUCGCCGCCACGGCAGAUGCCGAGUCCUCCCCACCCUCACCGCCCGCGUGCCCCCCCCCCCCGGCGCCCACCCCUUC